CCUCCCGGCCGCCGCACGCCGCCGAGGGCAGGGAUGCUUGAGCUCCACGGAGGCAGACUUCCCUGCUGAAGAAAGAACAUGCCAGAGGUGCUGGGGUUGCUGUGGGUGAGAUGAGCUUUCGUGCCUGUUGAGGCGGGCAGCGAGCUCGCCCCUUCCCGUGCUUGCCUGUUUGAUUGACGUUGGCUUCCAAGUGGCUGCGACUGUGCCUGAAGGAAAAGGAAGGAGCCGGAUUUUGCUGAGAGCACUUCCCAUGCAGCUCAGAGGAGUGUGCCAGCGAGGAGCCUGGCACUGCCAGUCCAGGUGCUAACAGCUCCCACCCAGCCAUGCUGUUGUGAAGCCUGUUUUCUGCAGCCACGUCUUGCUCAGCUCAGCACACCAGGGAGGGUACGCGGGGCUGCCCAUGGCAUUGCUGCAGUCUGGGCUGUGUUAGUUCCUGGUGUGUCAUUGCUUCAGCUGUCUGAAGAGGUGAAGAAGAUUGCAGGGAAGAUGUUGGACUUGAGCUUCCUGACUGAAGAGGAGUAUGAGAAACUGAUGAAGGUUUUGCAGAGAGAUGCAGAACUGAAGAAGAAGGACGGGGAUCGCAUCAGGCGGAUACAAGACUCCAUCAAGGAUGAAAAGAAGAAGAAGUUUGUGACAGGUGAAUGGUUUUCCGAAGUGAAGGCAAAACGGUUCCAGGAAGACUUAGAGGGACCUGAUCUGCUUCGGGCAUCGAUUAGAAGGAAAAAGGGCAAACUAGAAAAUGAGAACGAGCACAUGCAGACAGGCCUGGGAAGCAAAGCUGCCCCAAGUCCUUCGUUCCCUGAGCACACUGCUGGUGCAGGAGAGGAGAGACCCAGCACACCUGCUCUUGCUAUUGCAGAGGAGCAUAAAGUCUUGCCAAAACCAAAGCUGCGAUUUCCUAUCCCUCUGUCUGCGUCACACAAGAGAUCCAGUAUACAUGACGUCUCUUCCUCAGAGAGUGAUGCUGGAACGAGUCCUGUUGUGGCUGCAACAAACAGUUUGCAUUUGUUUAGAAAAGGUCAUGGAGUAUCUCCAUUGCCCACCAAGCUUUCAGAGGAUGCUGUGCAUCAGCUCAGCAGCAUGGCUGGAGGAGAAGCUGUUGCUGGGGCCACUGGCACCACAGUGGGGCCAAAAACUCCACCUGAAGUAACUUACACUCCCAGCAAAUUACCAGUUAAGAGGAAACCAAGCAGAACUUUCCCCAGACCCGAGCAGUCUGUGAGUAAUGUGGGGGCAACAGAGAACAGCCUCCCAAAGAGAGAGCUGCUGGCAAGCCCCAAACCCCUGGCAGCAGAGGGGGACAGCAGCCAGGCUGUGAAGCAAGGUGUGAACUAUACCAUCUCCUCGAUGAGUACUAAAGAGGAGGAUAUUGGCUUCGAUCGUGAGCACUUCAAGAACUUGAAGAACUUCUGGGAGAAGGGAGCAGACUCUGGGGCAGUGGGUGGCACACCAGCAGACCCACACUGGGGGGAGGCAGACGGCCGGCAGUUCAAGCUCUGCCGCUCACUCUCUGUGCAGUCUGCACAGGGCCACAACAGUGAAGAUAAACCUGGCACCUUCCCCAAAACAAGAACGCCCCAUAAAAGGACAAUAACCUUGUCUUCUAGUGAGGAAGAGCCAAGCUAUGUAGCCCCUGCGAGGAAGGGCUUGGUUUCCACCGUUCCUAGAUCCACAUAUGCCAAGAGCAAAGGUGGCCUGGGUACAAGAAAUAACUCGCUGAGUGAAAGCAAUGGGAAGCUGCUGGUGCCAGAGGAUGAGAAGGCAGCACAGUGCUGCUCCAAGAAAUCCAGAUUGCCUGUGCGAGCGCCUUCCGUCAAAAUCGAGUCUCCUACCAAAGAAGUGUCUGGCAGCACGUUUGAGCCAGAGACGCCUACAGAGUUUGUCGUGAGAGAAGAGCCCAAGUACACAGCGAAUUCACUGGUGAGCAGGGUACAAAUACUGAUCGAGCCUGCGCUUACAGAUAGCGAAAACGAUGAUGAGAAAGAGGGAAGAUCUGAUUUGGGCACUCAUGGCAACAUGGAAGUAAAUGGAAAGCUGCCUGAGGGGAAAACGUGUGAGUCUUCAGACAAGCCAACCCCCAGUGAGCCAGCUGGAGAGAGAGAAGCCGUUCAGGGGACGGACUCAGCUGUUUACUCAGAGGAAGAUGGGGACCAUUCUCCUGCCAUUCAGGCAUUGGGCCGGGCGAACAGCAUUAACCUUGCAAAGAGCAUGGUGAACAUUUACACAACCACAGAGACCUACAAUAAACCUCAUUUGAUACCCCAUCAGUUUCUUGAACCUGAAAGAGUCAAAGAGCUGAGCAGGUCCUCUCCUCUCCUGUUGUCUGAGACGGAAUCAGACACGGCUUCAGAAAUCAGCUUCCAGUUUAACAAGCACAAAAAGACUCCGAGCGUUGGCAGCCACUCCUCCGACAUGGCAUCUGUCUCCUCGGUGAGUGGCAGUGUGCUCAGUGUCUACAGUGGUGAUUUUGGGAGCGUGGAUGCCCAAGGUACUGUGGAGUUUGCUCUGGACUACGAUGAGAAGAACCGGGAGUUCCAGGUUCAUGUGUCCCAGUGCAAGGACUUGGCUGUCGUGGAUGAGAAGAAAGGCAGAUCUGACCCGUAUGUUAAAACUUACCUGCUCCCAGACAAAGCUAGAAUGGGUAAGAGGAAAACUUCAGUGAAGAAGAGGACUGUGAAUCCCAUUUACAAUGAGGUGUUAGGGUAUAAAAUAGAGAAAAUGGUAUUGCUGAUCCAAAAAUUAAACCUCUCUGUUUGGCACAAUGAUCCACUGGGACGUAACAGUUUUUUGGGAGAGAUUGAAAUAGACUUGGCCAGCUGGGACUGGAGCAACAGGAAACUCAACUGGUACCCCCUGAAGCCACGAAGCCUUUCUGCUGUUAAUGGUGUGGAUCAUCGAGGAGUUAUGAGUUUGUCUAUUAAGUAUGUCCCUCCAGGAAGCCUAGGUCCCAAGAAUCCUCCCUCUGGUGAGGUUCACAUCUGGGUCAAAGACGUUAAGGACCUGCUGCAGUUGCGUCCUUCUGGAGUUGACUCCUUUGUGAAAUGCUAUGUGCUUCCAGACACCAGUAAGAAGAGUUACCAAAAGACCCGAGUCAUAAAAAGAGACACAAACCCUGUUUUCAAUCACACUAUUGUAUAUGAUGGCUUUCAUACAGAGGAUCUAAAGGAUGCUUGUGUUGAAUUGACUGUGUGGGAUCAUGAAAAACUUACCAACCACUUCCUUGGAGGAAUCAGGCUGGGCCUUGGGACAGGUUUGAGCUAUGGUAUCUCUGUGGACUGGAUGGACUCCACACAAGAGGAGGUGGCCUUUUGGCAGGAGAUGAUGUUGGCUGCCAAUGAAUGGAUUGAGGGAUUGCUGCCACUGCGCUCCCUGGCAGGGAGGAAGAAACUAAAAUAACCUGCAUUUGUGCCAUAGAAAGGCUGAAUGUUUUCAUUAGCAUUAGGAAACUUCCUGCACCGAGGUGAUGGAGCCAUCCACAGGCCUGGCAAGUGUCAGGUUAUAAGGCAAUUGAUGGACGGCGCUUUGGAAAUGUUAAAUGUUAAGUAUUAAUUCCCUAACAGAGGACGUGGAAGAUACCAGACUGAUGCUAUACUUGAUUUUGACCAAGAAGACACUUCAUUUGCCUUUUUAUUUAAUCACUUAUAUUCAUUAUAUUUGAAUUCCAUUAAGCUCUGGGAACAGUGGCAGAAGGAAAAGGAGAUACAGAGUUUAUUUCUUUUUUACUGUUUCUUAGGCCAUUUUUUUCCUGUGCAGCAAUGUAGUUGUGCUAAAGCAGCAGCAUGGUAUUAUUCAUAUUCCCCUGCAAGUGGUACUCUUUGUACUUGAUGUAGAAUUGCUCCAAGUCACCAGCAGCACAGUCUGAGAACAGGAGUUUAGCGCUUGUUGCUCAUGAUAACGUGUCUCUAACGUGAGGAAAAAUUGAGAUCCAAGGUGAACAUAAAGAAAGAGAGGACUAUUUGAAGCAGAAAGUGAAGCAACCUGAGGAAGGUAACAAUGAGGGAUUCAAUAUAUCAAUUUCUUUCUACUUUAAUAUGAAAGAGAGAAGUGGUGAUCCUGCAGUUAGUGGGAUUUUGCAGCCAGGGGCUGUUUUCCCACAGGCCUCCUCAGUGACCUCAGGCAAGUUUCUCUAUGAAAAGACAGUUUCAGUGCAAUAUAAACUAAAAUGCUUGCCCAAAUGUAAAAUAUGGUUAUACUGCUAAUGGGCCUAAUCUCACCUUUGAAAUGCAUUGUGUGCAAAACAAUACGAAAUCAUGUAGGAAACAGUCUAAUGUUAACCUGGCACAACGGGUCAGGAAAGAAAGGUCAAAACCACGCUGGAACAUGGGAGAUGUUGGGAGCUGGUGGGAGAGGUGAGUAGGGAGUGAAUGAAUGUGAAGGGUGGCUGCAGAGCUCCAGUUGUGUGAGCUGCUUUCCUGCCCCUGCACACCCUGCUGCCCUUCUGGCUUUCCUUUCACCUGAUGCCUGUUGACAAGUUGUCCGUGGCUGGAACUUCCUUUUUGCCAGUGGCUCACAAGAGCUUUGCAUCUGGCACACAGUGGUGUUGUGAAUGCAUUUUGAAAUGCAGCUUUGUAAUUUCUAUUUUGGAUGUACAUAUUGUGAUUAAAUAGAAUGUUUUUCUUUAGUCAUCA